CGUCUCGUCUUCUCAGCUGCCAAGACUCUUGGCUGCCGUCCUGGACUGCCACCCACCGCGCGAUCUGCCGGCGAAGCGACGGCGGCGAGCUAGCUGCUAGGCCCUGGCCCUCGUCGUCUCCUCGAGCAAUCCGCCUCCCAACUCCCGACCAGCUGCCCGCCGGCCGUCCCGCGUCCAGCGAUGGCCGUGUUGGACGAAGAUCCGGCUCCUGCCGCCGCCGCCGCCGCCGCUUCCGAUGCUAACUCCGGUGCUAGUGAUAGUGAGAUAACAGUGGAAGAAACUUCUUUUGUGCAUACUGAGCCUCCUCAAGAUGGCACUGCUCCACCUGUGGUUACCUCUGAUAUGGAAGUCCUUAAUGAUAGAGUCAAAAAGCAAGUCAUCAAGGAAGGCCAUGGCAAGAAACCUUCAAGGUUUGCCACAUGCUUUGUUCACUAUAGAGCAUGGGUUCAAGGUUCUUCACACAAAUUCGAGGAUACUUGGCAAGAACAACAUCCAAUUGAACUAGUACUUGGCAAAGAAAAAAAGGAAAUGGCUGGUUUAGGUGUUGGUGUCAGCAACAUGAGAAGUGGGGAGCGUGCAUUGUUGCAUGUUAACUGGGAGCUUGGCUAUGGGAAAGAAGGAAGCUUUUCAUUCCCAAAUGUUCCUCCAAUGGCAGACCUUGUAUAUGAAGUCGAACUUAUUGGGUUUGAUGAUGUCAAAGAGGGAAAAGCCCGAAGUGAUAUGACAGUAGAAGAAAGGAUUGAGGCAGCAGACAGGAGGAAGAUCGAGGGCAAUGAAUAUUUCAAGGAAAAGAAGUUUGAGGAGGCUAUGAAGCAAUAUGAAAUGGCAAUUGCCUAUAUGGGAGAUGAUUUCAUGUUUCAAUUGUUUGGGAAGUACAGAGACAUGGCCUUAGCUGUGAAAAAUCCCUGCCAUCUCAACAUGGCCGCAUGCCUGAUCAAACUAAAGAGAUUCGACGAAGCUAUUGCACAGUGUACAAUUGUGCUGUCAGAGGAUGAAAACAACGUGAAAGCAUUAUUUAGACGGGGAAAAGCUAGAGCUGAACUUGGUCAAACAGAAUCAGCAAGGGAGGACUUCCUGAAAGCCAAGAAGUAUUCUCCAGAAGACAAGGAGAUCCAGCGUGAGCUUCGGUCGCUCGCGGAGCAGGACAAAGCUCUGUACCAGAAACAAAAGGAGCUAUACAAAGGUCUGUUCGGACCAAGGCCUGAACCCAAACCGAAGGCGUCAAAUUUCCUUGUUCUCUUCUGGCGGUGGCUCGUGUCCUUGAUUGGUUAUCUUGUUAAACUGUUCAAACGCAAGAAUGAGUAGGAAUGGUACAUGUUUUACCGAAAAAGUAUGCAGUAUUUAAUGCUUUACAUUGCCUUGUCAAGUUAGUCCAUCUUGUAUUGCAGGCUGGAAACUGUGAGUCGAGCCACACGCGAUCGAUGUCAAAUAUUGCUGUUAGAAACUACUCCCGAAAUUUUUUGAUCAUUGGAGCUGUAGCUCGUACUGACCUUUUGCCUAUGACUAUACUGUUUUUUAACAAUAUAUGACAUGGUCGUACAGUAUCUA